GUCGCAGGCACCGACGUGUUUUUCGCACGACCUUCGACAGCAAGAUGUUGGGAGGACGGCUUGAUGGGAGGACGUGGUGUACCACCAGAUUGGAAGAACGAACCCGGUUGGUGUGAAGGGGUGGUAAUCGUGCACGCAAGCUAUCAGUUUAAAGUUCGUGUUCAGAAACCUCUUGCCUCAUUGGACUUCGCCCAGCCUAUCAGCAGCCUCUCCGUGAAGCUGCACUUUAAACGCAAGGGUCGUUGUGUGGCCAAUAAAACUGGACUGGCGUUUAUUGUUAGGGUACCUCGCGUGCACGAUUACCACCCCCUCACACCAACCGGGUUCGUUCUUCCAAUCUGGUGGCGCACCACGUCCUCCCAUCAAGCCGUCCUCCCAACAUCUUGCUGUCGAAGGUCGUGCGAAAAACACGUCGGUGCCUGCGACCUCGUCAAACACACCGACUUACUGUGGACUAACACUUCGUGGAAGUCUGCGGUGUGUUGGAACGAGCCUCAAGACGGAUCCUGCGACCGCGCACCACAGACCUGCCUUCCAGCCCUCGUGAAAGAGUCCUUGCCGCCUCAGACCAACCACGAUGCCGCUCUCUUUGCCUACCGCCAACCAAUCCACAAACUCGGCAUGGCGGCUCCAAAUCGUCUGUCGAGUUCGGAACGUCUCCCGGCCACCACCGCCGCCGCCGCCGCAGCCUCAAUUGUUUCGCGCCCUCUGCCGCCGUAUUCCAAUCAACGCCCGACCUCCAACGUGGUCAUCCACGAGUCCCAGAAACUCGUGUCCUCGCACUACCGCCGGGGUCGCAGCCAAUUCCACCCUAACCCACCCUACCGACGACCUCCGCUCGCCUCUCAACAACAGGUCGCGGGUAUUUACUCGCAAGCGGCACCACCUGUGCCCUCUCCACCGAAACCCAUCGAUCACCAAAAGUGCUCCACCAUUUCAUCGGCACCUGAGCUCUACGGCAUUUGCCCAGUGGGUGAAGCGGUCUCCCUCAAAACCUUUCGAAGUACCACCUCUACCGAGUACUCGCCCUGUUCAAACGAGGCCAAGCUGGAGUCUUCCAUCGAGGAUUACUCUCCUCUGGCAGACGACGGUGAGGGCGCUCUCAUUCCCGAUGCCGAGGCAGACGAUGUUGUUGAUGAUGACGACUAUGGUGAGGAAGCAGAUGACGACGACGACACCAAGGCAUAUUCCGCAGCCUCGACAAGCACAGGGGCUUUAUCCGACUCCUCUAACUUCUCUCAUGCCGUCGUCCCUACCGCCGCCGCCGCCACUACCCCCUCCAAAGCCUCCAACACCGAGCAGCGCAGACGGUUGAGUAUGCAGUCGAGUUUGAAGCUGCUGCAGGAAUUGGUGCAGGCGAAUCAACACCAACACUCGAAACAGCCAGAUAACUCCCAGAAGCCCUCCAGAUGCAGCAGCGGGUCUGGACGAAAAAGCGACUCGCCUGGGACCGCCGGCCAACCGAAGGCGUCCAAGGCGGCCAUCCUGCGUGACGGCGCGGAGCUUAUUCGCUCCCAACGCGUCGCUCGCGCCCAGCUCGACGCGGAGAUUGGCCGACUGCGUGCCGAGCUCGACAGUCUGCAGUCCUCCAUCAAUGCCUGCUGCGACAAACUGCCCGUCUCCGGCGCUGUGUCGAAGCACCAGGCGAAGGCAAUGAAGAACGAGGCGAUGUCGUGGUACCGCGGUUUCGUGGCCACCGCGUCCCAGGCCAACUGGAAGUUCUACGUCUUCAGCCUCAUCUUCAACGACCUCUUCGAGAGCUACUGCGAGAAGGUCUGCUCCACGUCCAGUCUGGACGUCCUGCGACGCUCAAUUGCCAGUUGGCUUGAGGACUGCUGCGACUUGCCGCAACUCCGCAAGUCCGGUGGGCGACAGCACCAACUGGCGCAAUUUCCACGCCUGGAGACGCUCUGUUUUCGUUCUUGA